AAGCUUAAGAGUUUGUUUUCCUCUUGUUCAGCAUUAUGGCCAGCCCAAGGACCAGGAAAGUACUUAAAGAAGUCAGAGUGCAGGAUGAGAACAAUGUUUGUUUUGAGUGUGGUGCAUUCAACCCUCAGUGGGUCAGCGUGACUUAUGGCAUCUGGAUCUGCCUGGAGUGCUCUGGGAAACACCGUGGGCUUGGGGUGCAUCUCAGCUUUGUGCGCUCUGUUACAAUGGACAAGUGGAAGGACAUCGAGCUUGAGAAGAUGAAGGCUGGUGGGAAUGCUAAGUUCCGAGAGUUCCUGGAGUCACAGGAGGAUUAUGAUCCAUGCUGGUCCCUGCAGGACAAGUACAAUAGCAAAGCCGCAGCACUCUUUAGGGAUAAGGUGGCCACUCUGGCUGAAGGCAGAGAAUGGUCUCUGGAGUCAUCACCUGCACAGAACUGGACUCCACCUCAACCCAAGAUCCUGGCGUCUGCUGCCCACCGACCCUCUGGCCAGACACAGAAUGUGACUGCCUCUGCCGACAAGGCUUUCGAAGACUGGCUGAAUGACGACCUUGGCUCCUAUCAAGGGGCCCAGGAGAAUCGCUACGUGGGGUUUGGGAACACGGUGCCACCUCAGAAGAGAGAAGACGACUUCCUUAACAAUGCCAUGUCAUCCCUGUACUCGGGCUGGAGCAGUUUUACCACUGGAGCAAGCAAGUUUGCCUCUGCAGCUAAGGAAGGUGCUACAAAGUUUGGAUCCCAAGCGAGUCAAAAGUUUUGGGGUUACAAGCAGCAGCCAGAGCCGGCUUCAGAGUUGGGCCACAGCCUGAACGAGAAUGUCCUCAAGCCUGCGCAGGAGAAGGUGAAGGAGGGAAGGAUUUUUGAGGAUGUGUCCAGUGGGGUCUCUCAGUUGGCAUCCAAGGUCCAGGGGGUCGGCAGUAAGGGAUGGCGGGAUGUCACCACCUUCUUCUCUGGGAAAGCAGACGAGCCAUCAGACAGGCCCGUCGAGGGCCAGAGCUACCAGAACAGUCGCGGGAACAACUUCCAGAACAACACCAUAGACCAGAGCUUCUGGGAGACCUUUGGGAGCACUGAGCCCGCCAGGACCAAGUCUCCAAGCAGUGACAGCUGGACCUGCGCAGACGCCUCGACAGGGAGGAGGAGCUCGGACAGCUGGGACCUGUGGGGCUCGGGCUCCGCCUCCAACAACAAGAACAGCAACAGCGAUGGCUGGGAGGGCUGGGAGGCCCCAGCCCCCAGCGGGGAGGCCAGGGCCAAGGCCCCCAAGAAGGCAGCACCGUCCACAGCAGUUGACGAGGGCUGGGACAACCAGAACUGGUAGGGCCCGCCGCGCCGGCCCAGCCCUGUGGGGCUGCUGUUUGCACUUUGCCCUCGUUGUUCCUCCUGUGUGACCCAAGCAAGAGAAGCAAAGUGACUGCAGUGCCAGGACAGCGCUCAGGCGGGACUCGAGGUGGCACCGCCUGCCAGCGCAGGGUCCCAGUGCAAGCAGCGCUUUCCCAGGCCACGUGGGGUGAACCGUACCUGGGCCCCAGAGUCCCCAGCAGCCUUCCGGACUCAUCCGUUCUCAGGGCAGGACACCGCUGAGGGCAGAGGUCUGCUGCUGCAGGAGGUGGCCUGGCUCAGGGCUGGGCCCUUGGCCGUACCGGACGUCUGUCUUUGUUGAAAUGUGUUUUUAACUAAAGAAUCGGGCUAGUUUUUUCUUUUGAAAGAAAAUGCCUGGAGUCUUAGAGACGGACUUGCUGGAAGCAGUACUGGAGCUUGCACUGCCGUCAGACCCUCUCCGGGGGCCUUCUCCGUGGCCUGUGCUGUGAAGCUCAUCGUGACCUGGCCGUCUGGGUUGCCCUGUCCAGACCCCACGGGAUGAGCCUCCACGGGAAGCCCACAGCCCCGUGGCUCUGGCUUCCUGAUGCAGAGCUGGUCUCAGCACUCAAACUCUGCCCUGUCAGAGAUGAAGACGCGGGGCAGAGUGGGCCGAGGACGGCCUUGCUGUGUCCGCCUCCUGGGCACCUCGGGACCCGGGGUAGCCUCCCCAGGGCUGCUGCCCCAGCCUGCAGUUGUACGUCAGGCCUGCGGUGGCCGGGCCUCCUUUCAGCCUGAGUGGUGGGAGCAUCAGGUGCAGGCAGAUCCGCACUGUGACCCUGUCCCCCACACCCACCUCAUCUUCCCACACCUGACACUUGGGUCUCACCCCAUGCGGAGCCCUGCGUUGGCCCCGUGAAGCACGUGCAGCUUGGGCUCCCCGGACUGUGGACACUGGUGUUCUGCAGAUGCCACCGCCUGUGACACCAGCACCUUUGGCCUGACUGCCCCCCAGGAUCCGAUGUCAGUGCUGCUGCAGCAUAGCCAGAGGGUGUGGUGGGACCCCCCCCCCUGCACCCACCCCUGUGUGCCCUCAGUGUGACCAGCAGUGCA